GGGCCCUGCAGAGCCCCCGUUCCUGCAGCCAAACGGGUGGCAGAGCGGCCAUGGCAGAGGAACAGAACGAGCUGGACGAGAGGAUCAUUAUCAAGGACCUGCACACCAAGGAGAUCGACCUGGUGAACAGGGACCCGAAGCACAUCAACGAGGAUGUCGUGAAGGUGGAUUUUGAGGAUGUGAUAGCUGAGCCUGUGGGCACCUACAGCUUUGACGGCGUCUGGAAAACCAGCUACACCACCUUCACUGUCAGCAAGUACUGGUGCUACCGGCUGCUCUCUGCUGUCCUGGGGAUCCCCUUGGCUGUCAUCUGGGGGUUCCUCUUCGCUCUCAUCUCCUUCUGCCACAUCUGGGCAGUGGUGCCGUGCAUCAAGAGCUACCUGAUAGAGAUCCAGUGCGUCAGCCGCAUCUACUCCCUCUGCAUCCACACCUUCUGUGACCCCCUCUUCGAGGCUCUCUCCAAGAUCUGCAGCAACAUCAGGGUUGCUGUCCGGAAGGAGAACUAGGUCCUCACAGCCUCCUCAAGCACCCCCUGCCCAGAUGUCCCCGCAGCAUGCCCUGCCUGGGGCACAGGGACACAGGUGCCUGGCUGCUGGGGAUGCUCCCUGCAGACGGAGACACAUGGGGAUGACCCUUCCUCCAUCCCAAAGCCAGCAGCUGCUCUGGAGGAGAAGCCCAUUGGGAGUUCUCUGCCCUCCAGGUCCCCUGGCAUCAUGGAGGGGGGACUGCAGCAUCUCCAGGACCACAGCCCUGGGCUAUGACCUGCAGAGCGAGAAGCAAGGCUGGGGAUGCUGCUGGACAACAGACCAAACCCUGCCUGCUCCCCACCCCUCUGCUCCAGCCUGGCACUAGGACAAAUCAUUGCCCAUGAGUUAUUAUUUCAUGAGUUAUUAUUUGCUGCAAACGAAUUUUUGUUGUGGAAGCUUCUGUAUUAAAUCACACUGCACAAAGGGUUUGUGGGUAGAAUAGUGAAAACAAACUUUUCUUUUUUUUUUUUUUAAAUUUUUAUUUUCCGUGGUGUGUAUUUGCAUUUCAGUGGAGCUUGGAUAUCCAGAUCAACGAGUGCACAAAACCUGUCCCCCUCCUGGGAGUCUGUGCCAGGCUUGUGCCACUGGGAGAGCAGUUGUGGCACUGUCUGCUGAGCUGGGUGUGGGGACCACCUCCAGCAGGGCAGAGCAGAGGGGGAAAUGUGCAGGGCUGCAGCACGGGGAGAACACAGGGCCUUUGAUAACUUCUCUUCAGAAAUGACAAGCUUGGCUUUAAGGAAAAGGUUGGCUUGUGUCUCAGGGAGAAUAUUUCCCAGGUGCUUGCUCCUGUGCAGCCUCCAGCCUGGUGUCCCAGAGCACCCCCAGAUGUGCCCCGGGGGCAGCAGGGGACAGAGCCUCCUCAGGAGCACUGCCUGCUACCAGCUGCUCCUCUGCUGAGACAACACAGGGACAAAGGGGAAAAGGUCCAGUUUGGAGACACUUCCUCCCUGUAUUGUCAGGUAAUUUGUUUAGUCCAUCUUCCAUGAAGCUGCACUUUAAGUCCAAGGCACUUAAAGGCUUUAUUGGCUCUGGCCUGAAGUGCUUUGCUGAAGCAGGGCCCAGGAGGUCUCGUUGCUCAGAGGUUAUUCUCAAUUGUAUUCAUGUGCUUUUUUUCCCCUUGGCUUCCGACAAAGACUCAGAGCCAGAGUUUCUUGUAGUGCCAUGCCAAGGACAAGAAAGAGCCAGAUAUUCUAUUGGUGCUCUUCCAAUGGCUUGGGGUUGUGGUCUUUCAUUAUUCCAUAGCAGUACAGAACUCAGGCUCCAGCAACACCGGCCUCAAGGUGGAUGGAGUCAUAUGAAAAACAAAUGGCAUUUAGAUAAUUGUAGGGGGGAAAAAGCCUCCAAAAAAA